AUUCAUUUGCAGGAAAUGUGGGAGGAACAAUGGGGUGAGAUUAGUCCGUACAAUCUCAUCGGGGUUGAGAAAUACAUUGAGGAAAUGCAUCACGUUCUCAAUGAUUCUUCUUUGAAGAAGAAGUGUCAUCAUUUCCUGCCAUUCUUGUUUAAAGCGGUGGACAAAGAUCGCAGCGGUGAGAUUUCCAUCGAGGAAUUCAAAAUGUUCUUCGCAUGUUUGGGCCUCACACACGAUCAUGCUGUUGUCAGUUUUAGUCACAUCGACACGAAUGACGAUGGAAAGAUCAGUUUGAAUGAGUUUGUCACUCUGGGACGUGACUUCAUGCUCACGGAGGACCAGACGAGGCCCAGCAAGCACUUUUGGGGCCCAUUAGUAGACUGAUGCGAUUUUGCGAACUUGUGAUGUUUAAACUUUAAGAAAUAUUGCGUAAUUAAUAAUCUUCACAUAUUUCUUCUUAUUUUAAGGAUUUAUUGUUUUAAGGACUAUAGAUAAGCUAAGUUUUUGUAUGAAAAAAUGAGACUACAAUUAUUUUAUUGUUUAAAAACAGUGUAUAAUAGAAAGAUAAGAAAGAACGUAUUUCAUUAA